AUGUAUGAACUUUGUGGAGCAAUGGCUAAAAGUCGAAUUAGAGAUCCAAAAGUAAAACUGACAAUAGCAAAUGCUAUUUUUAUUACCACUAUGAAUCCUGUUACCAAUUCAGUCCUGCAAUCUUUGUACAAUGGUAAUCAAAUUAGCUUUAAUUUAUGAAUCCAUAAAUUUAAUGCAAGUUAUUCUAUUGUGCUUGGCUAA